GGGGGGAAGAGACGACUGUACGGCAAGAGAGCUGGGCACUGAGAGACACACAAAGGGAUAUUAAGAGUUGUGAUCAUGGGCAUCAAAUUGUAUUACACCACUGUUACGGCUUCAAGGGAGGUAAAGUCCCAGCAGGCCGAGAUAAUGCGCAUCCUUGAGAGCAAGAGCAUCCAAUUUGAGUUGAUUGACAUCUCCGUGGGUGGCGAUGUACGUGACGAGAUGAGGACCAAAUCGGGAAACCCCACCGCUGUACCUCCCCAAAUAUUCAACGAGGACCAGUACUGCGGGAAUUAUGAGAUGUUUGCUGAGGCAGUGGAGGCAGACACUGUGGAACAGUUUCUGAAGAUGGCGUGAGUGUAUCGGUAGCACCCCAACCCUCCCACCCCACCACGAAAAAAGGAGGCCCGUCCUCAACUCCUCUGCCCUGCUGGCGGUGCCGCCCACCCAAGACACCAAACACACCCCCUUCAUCUCAAUGCCAUGAUACAUGCCAAAACCAACCAACCAACCAAUCAAAAAGCACAUGUUUGUUAUCCCAGCACGCAACAGAGUCGGUUAAAUCACCGAACCACUUUUGGAAUGGUUGUUAGUAUAUUUUAUAGACUCAAGCUUUUGUUUUUUUUCUCUCCACUUCCUCUUUUGUGCUGUAUUUCCUGUCUGGUACUUCUGCUGCUGUUGUGUAUGAUGUGUAUAUGUCACUAAUUCGUCUUAAUCUCUUUGGGAUCAAUUGAGUGGCAAGAAGUGUGGGUAAUUAGGUCACUUAAUUUGGGUUGUGGCCACAUGAUCACCUCAGAUCAAAUUAAUCUAAAAAAAAACACCAGGUAUCUUUUUGAUCUCUAAUGGACCAAAUUAAAAACAAGGAAAAAACAAGGAUACUUAAUUAAAUAAUCAUCACUGUAGACCUUUCUUUGAUUAAUGGUUUAUUUUGAUGGCCUUCAGAUUCCCAUGUUAUUCCAGAUGUUUUUGUAAAUGGUAACCACUAAACGACCAAAUCUGUAUGCCAAGAUCAUCUCGAUUCAGUCUCAAAUAGUUAACAAACCAAGAUUGGGUACAUACAACACAACAGUGUUCCGAGCAGACAAUUCUUUGGAGGAGUGCAUGGUUAUAUGUUACUGUACUCUAUAUCAAUGACUAAAAAAGUUCAAUGUGUAUUUUCCCAAAGCUGCAACUCUGAGACAGAGUUCAAAGUACAGGUACCAUAUAGUAUUCAGUGUUAAAGCUUGGUGCCAAUCACCACAACAUAUUUUUUUUCACCUGGAUAUAUUUAACUCUCUACUGGACCAAGUUUAUGACUAUUUCCUCUGUCAAUAACUGUCCAGAAAGUCUCUUAAAGCACACAUCUAAAUUAUUUAUGAAAGAAAUAUGCUUUCCUGACUGGUUGGAUUCUGCUCCAUACUCCACAGAUAUAAUAGUUACUAAUCAUCUCAUCAUAUAACAGAAUGCAGUGAAUAUGACUAUGCACUGAACAUCUGCUCUCUACUUUCUCUGCUAUUGACAAACUUUGCAUUCUGGGACGCUGAACCAGAUGAGGUCAAUCCUGUAAUUUCGCUUGGGGUCACAGGGCCUCGAAACCUAGCCUUACCUGGACCUCUCCACAUGGGAACCUCGGAGGCCUUGCUUGUGAAUAUGUAAAGAGUCUGGUAUAUCUCCCAAACUCAUGUUUGCUCUGUGUCUCUUUAUUGUGUUCAAAUAACUCUUUGAGCAAAUGUAGAUGUUUUUUGAAGCUAGAUAUUCUAAAAUGCACUCGUAAUCUAAAAAGCCUGUAUUAGAUAAUGUCUGUAUGGAGAUGGGAUGAAUUGAGAUUGCCAGAUGAAGAUCGUUCAUUUUAGCCUUAGCAAGACUUGCCCUGUCUCGGUAACUUUAGUCUUACACCAUCGAACAUGUCUUAAUGUCUCUGAGCUUCUGCUUGGCUUCUGGACCAACGCCCCCCUUUAGGCCAAACACAAAAGAAAACAUGGAAAGAAAUGUUGUCUUCCAAGAAGAUGGUGAAAAGGAUAUUAAAUGGGUCAAAUAAAAUGGGAAAAAUUGUACUGAA